CUUCCGUUUUUAGGAAAUGCCGAGAUGACGGACUUGUUCAAGUGCGAGCGGAAGUCAGUUUCCUGUUGCGCCCCGAAAUCCGCCAUCCAGCGUCUCCUGCAAGAAGAACAAGCCCAGAAGAUGAAGCUGUCCGUGACUGUGCUGCCACCUGGAUUGAUGCCUCAGAAGUUGCCGGGCGCCGCGUCUCAAGCGGCGCCUCCGCCGCAGUUGGUUGCCAGUAAACCAGGGACCCUGGAUCACCUGGACCAACAGCAACAGGGCCAGUUUUUGCAGUCGUUUGCCGGUGGGGAAUACGGGGACCAAGGCAGGCGGCCGUAUAGGCCAUUGCCGCCGCCGCCGCCACAUUUGCCGCCUCAUUGGCAAAACCGCGUGCCUCCGAAUGCGUUUUUGCUGAGGAAUGAGACCUUUUUCCCUCAACCAGGAGGAGGAGUGCCGAAUUUGCGACGGCCAGCAGUGCCGCCAGGAGUGAUCCCGCGUCCCGGCCAGCCGCCACUGACUGCGAUGCCGCCACUGCCGCCUCCUCUCUCUUCACCCUCCCACCACCUCCACCUCCAACACCAUCAUACGCCGUCUGGGGUACCCCAAUCUCUAGCGACAUCUGGUGGCGGUGCGUUGUCGUCGCAACGCCACAAGGUUAUCGGGGGUGCAGUGGACGUGUUGCCGUCGUCGUCGUCGUCGACGACGGCGUUGGGAAGUGUCGUCGGAGGUCUGUCGCAAACGUCGUCGAUGUCGCUGGGAUUCCUGAAUCCCCUGAUGAGCACCAAGAGCAAGUACAUUUGCGGACUGAAGGGCACGCAUAGGAUCGGGAAAGUGGUUGGUGGGGAGGAUGCGGCGGAGAACGAGUGGUGCUGGCAGGUGGCGCUCAUUAAUUCCCUGAACCAAUACUUGUGCGGAGGGGCGUUGAUUGGGAAGCAGUGGGUGCUGACUGCGGCACACUGCGUCACCAACAUCGUGCGAAGUGGGGACGCCAUCUAUGUGCGAGUGGGCGACAACGACUUGACGAGCAAGUACGGCAGUCUCGGGGCGCAGACCCUCCGCGUGGCCACCACCUACAUCCACCACAACCACGACUCGGCCACGCUGGACAACGACGUGGCGCUCCUCAAGCUCCACGGGGAGGCGGUGUUGGGCGCCGGCGUGUGUCUCGUGUGCUUGCCGGCACGUGGCGUCGAGCGCCAAGCGGGCACUCGGUGCACCGUCACGGGAUACGGAUACAUGGGCGAGACUGGACCGAUUCCAUUGAGGAUCCGUGAGGCGGAAAUGCCGGUGGUGAGUGACAGCGAGUGCAUCCGUAAGAUCAACGCAGUGACGGAGAAGAUCUUCAUCCUGCCAGCGUCAUCUUUCUGCGCUGGAGGGGAACUAGGACAAGACGCUUGCCAGGGUGAUGGAGGAGGACCAUUGGUGUGCCAAGAGGACGGGUUUUACGAAUUGGCGGGACUGGUCUCUUGGGGUUUCGGUUGUGGUCGGGAAGACGUGCCAGGGGUCUACGUGAAGGUAUCUUCCUUCAUUGGCUGGAUCAACCAAAUCAUUUCGGUGAAUAACAUCUAGAAAGAUCUGACAAGUUUGUUUUUGGAAGAGAAAUCUGGCUGCUCAUCAAACAAACGAACAAGUAACGAAUCUUGCUGAAUCCGUCCUUCGAAAGCGUUGCUCAUAUAUG